AUGAAGGAGGGAGCCAUAAAAAGACAACCCCGUAAAACCACUAAACCACAACCAUUGAGGCUAGGCCGCAAAGAACCAUCGGAAAAACACUCAGUGAUGCAUAAUAAAAAUGGGAAAGCUACCACGAGAAAGGUGCGCCUUGUCAAAGGCAAAUCAUGGGCAGACAACACAAAAUCACCUGUAGAAGGAGCUGCCUCAAAGCCUAAGGAGACACAUUUAAUAGCUACCGACUCUGAUGAGGAGGAUAAUGAGCCAAUCGCUAAGAGAAUGUGCCGCCCAUUUCAACAAGUGGGAAGCCCACAUGAUGAGAAACAAGCCAAUGACGAGGUCAAUGUCAAGCAUGAGAAAACUCCUGCAAAAAUGUUAGUUCCCAAUGAUCGCACUCCAACCAUGCUAUCAACAACAGUAGUACCACUUGAAAGAUAUGAUUUUGAGAGUGACCCUAGCAUUUUGUCCUUGCGGUGCCCGAAAAGUGAAGAACUGUGGAAAAAUAUUGAACAAGGUCAACACACAAGAAAGACACCCACCCCAUCCCCUACUCAAUCAGUGCAUCCGAGACUUAAGAAUUUAAAGUUGGACAAGAGUACAGAGAAACUAGUCCAAGGAUGGAUUCUGAACGCGUCCCUCGAUAAAGAACAACCCUUGGCAAAGUACGAAAGUAGACCAUAUCUAGUAUUGCUCAGGAAGGACCUAUGGACGUUGAAAGCUCGUAGUUGGGUCAACAACAACAUCAUACUAUGGAUGUGCUACAUAUUCAACGGAACAGCAUCAUCGAGAUUUAGACGUGAUUUUUACUGUGUGUGUCCGGGGAUAUUGGAAAUGGUCAUGCACCAACGAAAUCUGGAUGCCUUUCAUGAUACGGCAGUUCCGGUGUAUAUAGGGUUGGGUGCAAACUUCGGUGAGGACACUAGAUUCUUCAACAAAGUCGAAGCAGCUAAGAGAAAAUGGUGGUUAAUUCCCAUAUGUUUGAACAACCAUUGGUGGCUCUAUGCAUUUGAGGUGGCCAACAAAAGGAUGUUGGUACUCGAUCCUAUGCAUUCUGAGGCACCCGAUGCUGGUCGGAAUAAACUGGAUGCAUAUGCGGGGAGACUGGUUGAAGACAUGGCCAAAGUUGCCAUCCCAUCGUACGAGCGCACUACGCAUGGCCUGCCUCGUGCAUACGCCAAAGUCCCUAAGCAACCAAAUAGCUAUGAUUGUGGCAUUUAUGUCAUUAAAUUUAUGGAGAGGUGGACUGAAGACGGUCAACUUGAUGCAUGGGACAAUGUGAGCUUACCAAAACUUCUAAACUUAUUGUGCGAACGUUAUUGGAAGCUAAAGAUGUACCUCUACGCCGCAAUCAUCCAAAAAACAAGUGUAAAGAGGUCAGCACACCAUUCACAGCACCAAGAACAAGAACUCUGGUACAGCAGGCCGAAGGAUUACCCAUGA